UAAAAUAUGAUGACUGUGUUUUUUCCUUCCACCUGUCUCAUGACAGGGUUCUGACCUACUUGCUCAAGUAACUGAAGAUGAUUCAUAGAUCACUCAAGAACCCAACUAAUGUCUAAUUCAUAUUCAUGCCUUACAAACUAAUGAAACUCCUUUAACACAGGUUUCCAAAGCACGCCUUUGGUUUUCCUUAUGAUCUAACCUUUAGGCUUUUUCUUCUCCCCUCCUUCACCUGAUGCACAGAACCCAACUAUCUAACACUGGCACUUCUGUGUCAGAAAAUAAAUGGAAGCAGCACUAGAAUUAUAUGAUUCUAUUGCCAAUGAAGUAUAAAUUUAUAUUGUUGCCACUCUUUCUGUUGUACAAAUGCAUGGCAUAUUUUAGAAUUCAGUGACCUUCAAUGAUGUGCAUGUGAAAUUCAGCCAAGAAGAGUGGGCUUUGCUGGAACCAUCACAGAAACAACUCUACAAAGAUGUGAUGCUAGAGACCUGUAAAAACCUCACUGCUAUAGGCUACAAUUGGGAAGACCAUACCAUUGAAGAACAUUUUCAAAGCUCUACAAGUAAUAAAAGGCAUGCAAGCAGUUGUACUGGAGAGAAACCUACUAAAUGCACUCUAUGUGGUAAAGCUUUCUCCAAUACCACUGAUCUCAUACGGCAUAAAGGAACACACACUGGAGAGAAGCUUUACAAAUGUAAUCAAUGUGGUAAAGUCUUUGCACAAAAGAGUCAUCUCAUAAGCCAUAGAAGAACACAUACUGGAGAGAAACCUUAUGAAUGUAACGAGUGUGGUAAAGCCUUUACACGAAACAGUACUCUCUUAAGCCAUAAAAGAACACACACUGGAGAGAAACCUUAUGAAUGUAACCAGUGUGGUAAAGCCUUUGCAGAAAACACUCAUCUCUUAAUCCAUAAAAGAACACACACUGGAGAG